AUGCAACGCUUCGGUGUGGUCGGCCAAUGCCGAUUCGCCGCACGUCGAUUGACGCAGCUACGGUCUGUCGCACCGACGACGACGGCUGUCUUGAGAGCCUCAUCUAUAUCACAAAGGCCAUUCACCACCUCUAGCAUUUGUCUAUCCAAGCCAAAGGGCUCACUAAGUGCCAACCCAAAUCAAUAUGAGGAGCCCACCGACCUGGCGCGAAAGCUGUUUUCCGAGUUUGCCUUUGCAUUUGAUAUUGACGGGGUCCUGUACCAAGGCCGCAACAGAGUGGAUGGAGCUGAGAAAGUCAUCAAGAUGCUCAGAAGCAAUGGCAUCCGAUAUGUCUUUUUGACAAACGGUGGUUGCGUCCCUGAAGAUAACAAAGCCGAGACUCUUCAAGAAAGACUACAGAUCGCCAAGAACGACGAUGUGGUAAAAGGCAGGAUGAUUCUGUCACACACGCCAAUGAGUGGUUGGAGUGACGAUGUCAAGAACAAUGGCACUGUCUUAAUUACAGGCUCUCAUCCGGAAAAAGCUCGUCAAAUUGCUCUUGGGUAUGGAUUCAAGCGUGUUGUCACCCCGGCGGAUAUCCUCGCCGAGUGCAAGGACGUGUUCCCCUUUGAGCAUAUUGACGGCGAGGUUAAUGGCAGGGCGACGCCAUUACCAGAUGGCAAGCGAAUUCCUUUGCUGAAGGACCCUUAUACAACCAAUGUCCCUGCGAACGCCCUCAAAAUUGACCACAUUUUCAUCUGGAACGAUCCAAGAGACUGGUCUGUUGACAUUCAGAUCAUCCACGAUCUCUUAAUAUCUCAUCAAGGCUACAUCGGAACUGUUUCGAACCGGAAUGGUAACGAGUCUCUGCCCAAUAAUGGCUGGCAGCAAGAUGGCCAACCUGGACUUUGGAUCUCCAACCUUGAUAUGUUAUGGAAAACAAACUAUCCUGUGAACCGAUUUGGCACUGGGGCAUUCAUGGAGGCACUCAAGGGAGUAUGGUCAUCAACUACCAACGGAACAAAACUGCAGUUCAGCGCACUCGGCAAACCAUCCAACCAUACGUACAAAUACGCUCAUGAUAGGCUGCUACAGUACUACCAUGAUAUGGCUUGCAAUCGCGGUCAAAGCCCUGGGCACGAUACAUCCAAAUGCCACCCUCUUCGACGCGUUUACAUGAUCGGCGACAACCCAGAAAGUGACAUCCGGGGUGCUAGCGAAUUUGAAGCGGAAGAUGGUACCGAGUGGGUGCCCAUUCUUGUACGAACUGGCGUCUGGCGACAGACAUCGACUGAAAAGGAGCCUCGAUACAAACCAGCCGUCAUCGUGGACGAUGUCGUAGAUGCUGUGGUUUGGGCGCUCAACAACGAAGGCAUCAAGGCCACCAGGGAUUGGGUAUUGUCUGCUCUCUCUCACACGAAGGGUUGCGUCAAGCUGCCGCCUCUGGAGAUUGGGGAUCAAGUUAGCCUUGAAGAUGGAGUCAAGUACCCAAGUGAGUUGGAAGCAGCUGAGGCAAGAAUAUAG